AUGGCUUCCUUACUUAAUAAGCUUCGUAGAAGACGUUCUCAUGAAUAUGCCCCUUACCAACACUUGGAGCGACAUUUUGAAUCGGCCGAGAUCGUCAGAGACACUAUCAUUGGACUAUCAGACGGAUUGACAGUUCCAUUUGCUUUGGCUGCCGGUCUUUCUUCGCUUGGCAGUUCGAAAAUUGUUAUCUAUGGUGGUGCAGCAGAACUCGUCAGUGGAGCUAUUUCAAUGGGUUUAGGUGGAUACUUGGCUGCCCGAUCAGAAAUAGACCACUACAAAACAGAGCGCCACAGAGAAGAAAGAGAAGUAAUAGAGUGCCCAGAAGAUGAAGAAGAAGAGAUUGUUGAGAUUUUGGAACCUUAUGGACUCGACAGGGAGACGAUUCAACCACUUAUUGAAAAGCUUAAACGUGAUCCGGAAAAAUGGGUAGAUUUUAUGAUGAAAUUUGAGUUGAAUUUAGAAAUGCCAGAUCCUCGUAGAAGCUGGAUUUCUGCUUUAACUAUCGGCUCAUCUUAUUUUCUCGGUGGUCUGAUUCCUUUGCUUCCUUAUUGUUUCAUUGAUGAUGCGACAUUCGCACUUUACAUAUCCGUGGCUAUCACAUCUUUGACUUUGCUCGUUUUUGGUUUUAUUAAGAGUAGACUGGUCAACCCUAAUAGUGCGGUGAGUGGUGCCAUUCAAACCCUACUGAUAGGUGCUAUUGCCGCAGGUGCCAGUUAUGGCAUUGUUUAUCUUUUACCACAGGAACCACAGAUGGUUUAA